CGACCUAGAGGAAAUGAAUGGGGCGCAUGCCCAUCAUUGCUUCAUCAGCAAUGCAUUUGAAAACCAAACCAAUGCUUUUCUGAUUUUAAGUCCGCAAUGACAAGCAACAUCACAAAUAAAGUCGCCGGUUCGGAGUUGUGAUUUUUCGUAGAAAUAGGGCCUUCCCUUUCUUCCUGCGAAAAAAAUCUUUGCUAGAGAACUAUCUAUUCUAUAUUGCAGAUAAUGAUGUAAAGUUAACAUGUAAAGAAAUAUAUACUAAUAUAUUUAUCUAAAUUUAAAACUUAUAAAACGACGGUCCGAUGAGAAAAAUCCAUCGAGUGCCAUGCUUUUUAUAUCAUAAACGCAACGUGAAUGUUCUUGAUUGUACAAUUUGUGAAUGUGUUACUGAUGCCCAAAGCUAAAACUUGUUUCAAAUAAAGAACAUAUUUUUUAUACAGACACAUAUGUACAUAAAUGCAGAAGAAGGAUUCUGUAAUGGAAAACUCACCGUCCCAUUCAAUUGAUAUAAAAAUUGAUAAUUUCCUUGAGCACUUUCAACGUAGUGCUUCUAAGGCCGUCGAAAUUAAUGGCGGUGAAUGCAAUGGAAAAGCCGUGCAAGGAGCAGCGUCUGGCUGUGCCCAACCAGGAAGUCCGCUACGUCAAACAGCAAAACUCUUCAAAAAAACUAUGAGUCAGUCCAGCUGCUUAGUCGUAUCCGAAUCAAAUGAUAAUGAUUUCGGGAGCCCGCCGACUGAAUCACAGGAAAAAUUGGUGGGACUGCAGCAAAAGUUCAGCCAGCACAUGAUCGACUCGCAAAUUUCGAUCAGCAGUGGCACUUCAAUACAGACUGCUUUUUUUCAGUCGCUCAACAAUUCCCCGGCACAUCAAGCCACAGACCCCAUGCACCUCACAGCGUCAACGUUCAAUAGCAUAUCCGCUACAUCUGUCAACACACAAGGUGUUGUCUACGCAACAGACGCGUUGAGCGCUCAACGUCCAUCAGAACUUAUAAACUCCCUGGUGGAACACAUAAAUCCAGCCCAAGUAGCAGCUGCAAUGAGUGGCGAAGGUGUACUGAACAUUGCCGAUGUGGCAGAUCUCUUACACCCCCAACAUGCUAUCAUCACUGGUGGACGUUCUCAGGAGGGGUGUCCGCUAAUAAUCUUUCCAGAUAACAAUAAUUUUAGUUUGUUAGAAGAAGCAGAUUACCAAAAGCUAAUUUUGUAUCUUAGUUCAGUACCGUCAUUGCAAGACGCUGAUCUUGGAUUUCAUUUAAUUGUGGAUCGCCGAAAGGACAGGUGGACUUCGGUGAAGACUGUUUUGCAAAGAAUCUCGAUUUAUUUUCCCGGUAUUAUUCAUGUGGUAUAUGUGCUUCGUCCGUCGGGUCUCUUUCAAAAAGCUAUAUCAGAAGUAAGCACGAAAUUUUCCAAAGAUGAAUAUAGAUUUCGGCUUGUUGUUUGCUCGGCUCUUUCUGACCUACAUGAGUUUGUCGAUGCUAGCCAAUUAACACCCGAUAUGGGAGGGGUUCUGAUCUACUCACACCACGAGUGGAUACAACAAAGAAUUUCGCUUGAAAAGUUUUCGAGCCUAACACACCAAGUUUCUGCUGAACUGGAUAUAUUUAUUCAAGCUAUACACGAUACUGAGUUUCCAAAUUCAGUGGAGGCAACCAAAACUCUAUUAGAAGUUCAAGGGACAGACUAUACGCGCUUAAAGGAGGAAAUACUUUCUGCAGCUAAACACGGAGAAUCCCUUCUGGAAAACAUUAAAUUAAUUGAUGAAUAUAAAGAAUUUUCUGAGCGCACCGGAAACGUUAGUGCUAUCGAAAGAUCCAGUGCAGGGCAGCCGAUGCACCGUCAGCAAAUUAUUUAUCAUCAACAAUAUACAUUUAAAAAACCCCAACAUUAUGAUGAUUGUCGCGAUUACCGUAGACUUCUUGUGCAGCUGGAGGAGACGGAGCGACGCUUCGAUGAGUUCUGGCGUACGCACCGCAAUCGCCUAGAACAGUGUCUGCGUCUGCGGAUGUUCGAGCAAGAGUUUCGCGAUCUGCAGAAUAUAUUCGAUGGGCAUCUUAAGACGAUAGCUGAAAUGACUGAAAUCGGCGAGAGCGUGGAACGUGUUGCUAUGUUGAUACAAGAAACCGAGGAUUUUCAAUCAAUGAUCAGGACUGACGUUGAGCGUACCGAAGAAGUUUUACAGGCCGGACAGCAGUUGAUAGGCUCACGCGGAGUUUACCCCUGGGAAGUCGUUCAGCCCAAAUGCGAUGAGCUCCAGCGCGUUUGCCAUGUAGUUAGCAUGCGCCUAACUAAAAGGUUAGAUAUCCUUGCCAAAAAUAGCGAACUAAUGGAGAGAGUUGAAAAGGCUAAUCAGUGGUGCGCCAAUGGUGUGGAGUUGUUGGCCUCCCAACGCAUCGAAAAAUGCUCAGUGUCAGCCGAUCUGGCCGAGCAGAGUCUACACGAGAUACAAGCUUUCAUCGCUUCUGCUUCUGACUUUAAAUUAUCUAGUCCAAGUGAAUUUAAAAAAAUUUUCCUCGAUAGCACUACUCCUGAGACCAAAGCUCUUGUAUCACAGGUGCUGCAGAGAAUUGAUGAUGUGUCUUUGAUGUGCGACAAGCGUAUUGCCAGUCUCAAGAAAUUGGCGCUGAAACCCCCGCGACCUGUGCAACAAGUUACACCGGAGCCUGCUGUUCCUCUUCAACCUCCCGGGGGGGCACCACACCUACUCCGCCGUAAGCACAAUAAGACUGAUGGUAUCCAUGAGUUAAGGCCUACAUCUAUUGAUGUUGUAACGGAUUCGGGGAUAUCGUUAACCAGCAACUCGAACCCAGACAGCGUCGAGCACCUACAAAAUCAACAGGACUUGGAUGCCCGACGCCUUAAACGUGGUCAUGUGCUAACGGAGCUUUUAGAGACGGAACGCAUCUACGUAAACGAAAUGAGUUCAAUUCUAAAGGGCUAUUAUGAUCGAAUUAAAUCGGAAGAUCUUUUGCAUCUUGCCCCCCCGAGCCUGAAUGGGAAAGAGGAUAUCUUGUUUGGCAACCUACACGAACUCUAUACCUUCCACAACGAUAUUUUUCUUAAAGAUCUGGAAAACUGUAUUUCAACCACUGAACUUGUGGCGCUUUGCUUCGUUCAGCGGCGAGAUACUUUUUAUCGGCUGUAUUCAUUUUAUUGUCAAAACAUCCCACGAUCGGAGCGGCUGCGCGAAACCCUUGUGGACACGCACCUAUUUCUACAAGAGUGCCAAAUGCGACUGGGUCAUAAGCUCCCGCUAGCUGCGUAUUUGCUAAAGCCAGUACAAAGGAUCACCAAGUACCAACUUCUUUUGAAAGACUUGCUUCGCUUCAGCGACAGUGGCAGCUGCACCAAGGAGCUUCAGAAGGCGCUAGAUUGCAUGUUGAUCGUACUCAAGUGCGUCAACGAUUCCAUGCAUCAAGUGGCUAUAACGGGCUUCCCGACCGAUCUAUCGCAACAGGGCGAACUACUUCUUCAGGAUUCAUUCCAAGUUUGGACAGAGUCAAAAAAGGACAUUCGUCUUCGCAUCAAGCCACAGCAGCGACACAUAUUUCUUUACCAGAAAUCCAUGUUGUUCUGUAAGCAAACCUCAAAGCCGGGUCAUAACAAAAGUACCUACCAGUUCAAGCACCACGUAAAGAUGUCUCUAAUCGGGUUGACCGAAUCUGUGCGAGGCGAUACAAAACGUUUUGAAGUUUGGCUUCAGGGUCGACAGGAGGUACAUACUCUGCAAGCAGCGACGGUCGAUUUAAAGAACAAGUGGGUGGCAGAGAUCAAGCGUGUUUUACUCAAUCAGCUAGAAGAAUUAAAAGGCGAAAAAAUUAAGCAGUACAGCCUUAACCACCGUGGCCUCAGGCAAACGACUUCAUGGGACACCCCUAACAUUAUUCUAGCGAACACGAUAAGCUUUGAUGCCGGUUCAGAGUCUUCCAACCGAAACUCGAACUGCAGCAGCGAUGAUAAUGCUGGAGCUGCGUCUAUCAACUCUCAUAGUGGCGCUGCGGACAAGGAGCAACAUGAAGUUUGUGGAUGGAGCUCAGACUGCUCCAACAGCGAGGACGAAUUAUCUCUGGUCGAAGAUAAUAGCACGCCGGGCAGUAAAUUCAUUGCCCUGGCUGACUAUACUGCUAUGGGACACUCGGAAGUUUCGAUGCGUGAAGGUGAAACUGUCGAGCUGCUUAAAGUGGGCUGUGCCGGCUGGUGGUAUGUGCGAAUCUUAGAUGCCACUUCAGAAGGCUGGACCCCAGCCGCGUAUCUGGAAUCAAUCAAUCGAAAAUCUUCACGAUCAUCGAGUCGCAAUCAGGAACGAAUAAAUUUUAGAUAAUUUGUUAUUUUUAUCUACUAGCACAAUGCCUAUAAGUCAUCUUGAUUAGCCAAAAUCAAAUUCAUCGUCUUCUAUAGAUGCAAAAAUGGUUGCUUUUGCGGCACGCAACAAUUUUUUGUAGUUGUACGAAAAACACACCUAAUAUCAUUCCACCACUCUGACAGAACCUCCAAAUAUUUUGGUGCCGCCUAUUUAUAAUUUUCGUAAAAUGUAACGGAACUAGUAUAUAUACAUAUAAUAGAUACAGAUGUAUUUAUAUCAGUUCAAAAUGUCUAUGUGCAAAAGGACAAGAUUAAAUUGAUUUUGUUUGAGCCAAUUCGAAUAGUAUAAUUUUAAGCUCUAUAGUCUUAUUACUUAAGACCAUUACAAACCAAAAUAAAAAAUUACUUAAGCAAAUAAAUAUAAACUUUUCGGAAUAUUGAAAU